UGUUAUGUUUAUUUUUGCAUGUUUUAUUUUUGAAUAAAGCCUGCAGCAGAAGCGCAACGGUUGGAUGAUGCCAUCGGAUUUUUGCGAGACCAUGCAGAGGUAAAUGGUACACGAAUGGAGGAAAGACUAGACGAUGCUAUUAAUGUUUUACGCAAUCAUGCGGAGUCACAAAUAAAUUUAGGACAGCUACCUCCAAAUUUAAGCGCAUCACAAGUAGGUGCAUUAAACUAUACCCCUUCUACAUCGGAAGUACCUUUUUCGGAACCUAUUAAAGUAGAAAGGACAACACACCAUAAUAAAAAACGGAAAGAGCCUCCUGAUAGUGAUUCAAAACCCUCUAGUUCUGUAGAUAGUAUAACACAGCCAAAUUCAACUAGCAUCGGUUCGGUAACUAAAGCUUCAAAGCGAUCAAGGAGAUAUGAUGACGAUGAUGAUGAUACUCAUCCAGGAAACAAGGCCGUGCGUGAGAAAGAACGCAGGCAUGCCAACAACAUUCGAGAACGGUAUGUAGAAAUUCGCUUUUAAAUUUUAAAAUAUAUU